GAAAGAGAUGACUUCUUAAGUUGUGGAUUUUCAGAACGUUUUGUAAUCUCUUUAUCACACUGGAAUUUUUUUGUUUUGAAGUAAGGCUUGUUUACAAGCUUCAUCCCCUGUACCAUCUUGGUAACUUUUUCCAUUUGAAAUUCCGAUGCCCUCUCCCUCCAGGCUGAUAUGAAAUGUUUGCUGCUGAUGGUGACUGUGACUGGUUGGUGUGUAGACACAUUUUACUUUUUCUGUUUACCUCAGGCAUUGGAUGAAGUAAUUGAUCACUAAAGAACUACCGUGCUGGUGAGAUGUGUAAGAAAUUAUAAAGAGCUCUGAUGGGCUAUUUGGGUGAUACCCAGUGCAGUGAACUGCAGGAUUUUUGUCCCUGAGUCAUGGAAGACAGAAGAGCUGAGAAGUCAUGUGAACAAGCGUGUGAAUCACUCAAGAGGCAGGACUAUGAAAUGGCCCUCAAGCACUGCACAGAGGCCCUUCUUUCUCUUGGCCAGUACUCCAUGGCUGACUUCAUAGGGCCGUGUUCACUGGAAAUAGAAAGCAUUAAAAUUGAGAGUCUUCUUUACAGAAUUGCCUCAUUUUUGCAACUGAAAAAGUAUGGACAAGCUGAUGAAGAUUGUAGGCAUGUGCUGGGAGAAGGACUGGCCAAGGGAGAUGGUGCUUUUCAGGCAGUGCUUUGCUGCAUGCAGCUGAAAGGAAAGCUUCAACUUGUAUCCAACAUUCUUGCCAAGUCACUGACAGGAGAGUCCCUGAAUGGGAUGGUAACAAAAGAUUUAACAAGACUAAAAACACUUCUCACAGAAACAGAGACAGCAACUAGUAACGUCCUCUCUGGAUAUCACGUGGAAGAUUUAGAAGAGGGAUCUUGUAAUGGUUGGCAUUUCCGCCCACCACCUAGGGGAAUCACAAGCAGCGAGGAAUAUACUUUGUGUAAAAGAUUUUUAGAGCAAGGAAUCUGUAGGUAUGGUGCCCAGUGUACUUCAGCACAUUCCCAGGAAGAACUAGCAGAAUGGCAGAAAAGAUAUGCUUCACGGUUGAUAAAAUUGAAACAGCAAAAUGAGAAUAAACAGUUCUCAGGCAGUUACAUGGAAACCUUGAUAGAAAAGUGGAUGAAUUCAUUAUCUCCUGAGAAAGUGCUUAGUGAAUGUGUUGAAGGAGUAAAGGUAGAGCAUAAUCCUGAUCUGACGGUUACUGUCAACACCAAAAAGUCUCACCAGACAUGGACUUUUGCUCUCACCUGUAAGCCUGCAAGAAUGCUGUAUCGUGUAGCAUUGCUUUAUGAUGCUCAUCGUCCUCAUUUUAGUAUCAUUGCAAUAUCUGCCGGAGAUAGUACUACCCAGGUAUCACAAGAAGUCCCAGAAAACUGUCAAGAAUGGAUAGGAGGAAAGAUGGCCCAAAAUGGAUUAGAUCAUUACGUGUAUAAAGUCGGGAUAGCAUUUAACACAGAAAUAUUUGGAACUUUUCGCCAAACCAUAGUUUUCGACUUUGGAUUGGAACCAGUACUCAUGCAAAGAGUAAUGAUUGAUGCAGCUUCUACAGAAGAUCUUGAGUACCUGAUGCACGCAAAACAACAGCUAGUAACCACAGCUAAGCGUUGGGAUUCUUCUUCUAAGACUAUUAUAGAGUUUGAACCUAAUGAAACUACUGAUUUGGAGAAGAGCCUUCUUAUCAGAUACCAAAUUCCUCUAUCUGCUGACCAGCUAUUUACCCAGUCCGUUUUAGACAAGUCAUUGACCAAGACCAACUAUCAGUCACGGUUGCAUGACCUCCUUUAUAUUGAGGAGAUAGCUCAGUAUAAAGAAGUAAGCAAGUUCAAUCUUAAAGUGCAAUUGCAGAUUCUGGCAAGCUUCAUGCUCACUGGAGUUUCUGGAGGUGCAAAGUAUGCUCAGAAUGGACAACUUUUUGGUCGUUUUAAGCUUACUGAAACACUUUCUGAAGAUACUUUGGCAGGACGGCUUGUGAUGACCAAAGUCAAUGCUGUUUAUUUAUUACCAGUCCCUAAAGAGAAGUUAGUACAGACCCAGGGAACCAAAGAGAAGGUUUAUGAAGCUACUAUUGAAGAAAAAACAAAAGAAUAUAUAUUUUUAAGGAUAUCCAGGGAAUGCUGUGAAGAACUUAAUCUUCGGCCCGACUGUGACACACAGGUUGAACUUCAGUUUCAAUUAAAUCGAUUACCCCUCUGUGAAAUGCAUUAUGCGCUAGACAGGAUCAAGGACAAUGGGGUUUUAUUUCCAGACAUCACUAUGACUCCAACCAUACCUUGGAGUCCCAACAGACAGUGGGAUGAACAGUUGGAUCCUCGACUAAAUGCAAAACAGAAAGAAGCUGUUCUAGCCAUUACAACCCCACUUUCAAUACAGCUGCCUCCUGUUCUCAUCAUCGGACCCUAUGGGACAGGCAAAACCUUCACGCUAGCUCAGGCUGUAAAGCACAUACUCCAGCAACAGGAGACAAGCAGGAUUCUCAUUUGCACCCAUUCUAAUAGUGCUGCUGAUCUCUACAUAAAGGAUUAUUUACAUCCCUAUGUAGAAGCAGGCAAUCCCCAGGCAAGACCUCUCAGGGUAUAUUUCAGAAAUCGCUGGGUAAAGACUGUUCACCCAGUUGUGCAUCAGUACUGUUUGAUCUCAAGCGCACAUUCCACCUUUCAGAUGCCACAGAAAGAAGAUAUUCUUAAGCACCGAGUGGUUGUUGUUACAUUGAAUACUUCCCAGUACCUCUGUCAGUUGGACCUUGAACCUGGGUUUUUUACGCACAUUCUGUUAGAUGAAGCUGCCCAGGCCAUGGAGUGUGAAACCAUUAUGCCUCUAGCAUUAGCAACUAAAAGCACUCGGAUUGUCUUGGCUGGUGACCACAUGCAGCUCAGUCCUUUUGUUUACAGCGAGUUUGCCAGGGAGAGAAACCUUCAUGUUUCAUUACUUGAUCGACUCUAUGAGCAUUACCCCGCUGAGUUCCCAUGCAGGAUCCUCCUCUGUGAGAACUACCGGUCCCAUGAAGCUAUCAUCAAUUACACCUCUGAGCUCUUCUAUGAGGGCAAACUGAUGGCCAGUGGAAAGCAACCAGCACACAAGGAUUUCUACCCACUCACUUUCUUUACAGCUCGAGGGGAAGAUGUACAAGAAAAAAAUAGCACAGCUUAUUAUAAUAAUGCAGAGGUAUUUGAAGUGGUGGAACGUGUGGAAGAGUUAAGAAGGAAAUGGCCAGUAGCAUGGGGGAAGUUAGAUGAUGGCAGUAUCGGUGUGGUGACUCCAUAUGCUGAUCAAGUGUUUAGGAUACGUGCUGAACUUCGAAAAAAGAGAUUAUCUGAUGUUAAUGUAGAAAGGGUGCUAAAUGUUCAAGGAAAGCAAUUCAGAGUUUUGUUUCUUAGCACAGUACGGACAAGGCAUACUUGUAAACAUAAACAGACACCAAUUAAAAAGAAAGAACAACUGCUGGAAGAUUCCACAGAGGACUUAGAUUAUGGUUUUUUAUCUAACUACAAACUUCUCAACACUGCCAUCACAAGAGCACAGUCCCUGGUUGCUGUGGUAGGUGAUCCCAUUGCUCUGUGCUCCAUUGGAAGAUGCAGGAAAUUUUGGGAGCGGUUUAUUGCCCUGUGUCAUGAAAAUAAUAGCCUACACGGAAUCACUUUUGAACAGAUCAAAGCUCAACUUGAGGCUUUAGAACUAAAGAAGACAUAUGUGUUGAAUCCACUGGCACCCGAAUUUAUCCCCCGGGCCCUAAGACUGCAGCAUUCAGGAAGUGCCAACAAGCUGCAGCAAUCACCCCCCAAGGGGAAAAGCCUCCAACAUACCCAGAAUGAUCAUUUCCAGAAUGAUGGAAUUGUUCAACCCAAUCCUUCCGUUCUUAUUGGCAAUCCUAUUAGAGCAUAUACUCCUCCACCCCCUCUUGGACCUCAUCCAAAUUUGGGAAAAUCUCCAAGCCCUGUGCAGAGAAUAGAUCCUCACACUGGGACAAGUAUUCUUUAUGUACCUGCUGUCUAUGGAGGGAAUGUAGUUAUGUCGGUGCCUUUACCUGUACCAUGGACAGGAUACCAGGGUAGGUUUGCAGUUGAUCCUCGAAUCAUUACACAUCAGGCAGCAAUGGCCUACAAUAUGAACCUCUUACAGACGCAUGGACGGGGGUCUCCUCUACCUUAUGGCCUUGGGCAUCAUCCCCCUGUCAGCAUAGGGCAGCCGCAGAACCCACAUCAGGAGAAGGAUCAGCAUGAGCAACAUCGAAAUGGUAAAAGUGAUACAAAUAAUCCUGGACCUGAAAUUAAUAAGAUUCGAACACCAGAGAAAAAGCUUACAGAAUCAAAACAGAUUGAUUUGGAAUCCAAUCCACAGAACAGAAGUCCUGAAUCACGUCCUGGUGUUGUUUAUCCCAAUACCAAAUUUCAUCGCAAAGAUAAUCUCAACCCAAGACACAUAAACCUUCCCCUUCCUGCUCCCCCUGCACAGUAUGCCAUCCCCGGUCGCCAUUUUCAUCCCCUUCCCCAGUUACCAAGAGCACCAUUUCCAGUUCCACAGCAGCAUGCCUUGUUAAACCAGCAGCAGAAUAAUUUGCCUGAACAAGCAAACCAAAUGCCACCCCAACCAAAUCAGGUAGUCCAGCAGCAGAAUCCUUUGAAUCAGCUGCCUCCACAGCCACCUCCUCAGCUUUCUCCUGCCUACCAGGCAGGGCCCAACAAUGCUUUUUUAAAUAAUGCAGUUUCUCAUCGACCACAGUCCCCUCCUGCAGAGGCUGUGAUCCCUGAGCAGCCCCCUCCCAUGCUGCAAGAAGGCCACAGUCCCUUGCGAGCCAUUGCACAGCCUGGCCCCCUUCUUCCUUCACAUCUGAAUAACUUCACUGAUGAGAACCCCCCAGGAUUGCCGAUAGGAGAGGCUUUAGAUCGUAUGCAUGGGAGUGUAGCCCUGGACACAUUACGACAGCAACAGGUGCGGUUACAGCAGUGGAAUGAGCAUCACGCCUACCUGAGUCAGGGCAGUAUUCCAUACUCACACCAUCAACAGCCUCAUCCUCACCUCCAGCAUCUUCCUCAGCCGCCCAUUGGAUUACAUCAGCCGCCAGUGAGGGCAGACUGGAAGCCUCCCAGCAGUGCCGAAGGUGAAGCAGAAACAACAGAGUCAAGGUUUCAGGACUUACUCAGAGAACUGUCCAAUCGUGAUCAAAGUGAAGCACGGGAACUAGCUGAGAUGCCACCACCUCAAUCAAGACUUUUGCAGUAUAGACAAAUUCAGACUAGGAGCCCACCAGCAGUCCCCUCUCCCCCUUCCAGUACAGACCACAGUAGCCAUUUUUCUAACUUGAACGACAAUAGCAGAGACGUUGAAGUAGCCAACAACCCAGCAUUUCCGCAGCGACUACCACCCCAGAUAUUCAGCUCGCCUUUCUCGUUGCCAUCUGAACACCUUGCCCCUCCUCCCUUGAAAUACCUGGCAUCUGAUGGAGCAUGGACUUUUGCUAACUUACAACAGAAUCACCUAGUGGGGCCAGGUUUUCCCUAUGGCCUACCUCCAUUGCCUCACAGGCCACCACAAAACCCUUUUGUACAAAUACAGAAUCAUCAACACGCUAUUGGUCAAGAGCCAUUUCACUCAUUGUCAUCUCGAACAGUAUCUUCUUCUUCGCUCCCUAGCUUAGAAGAGUAUGAACCCAGAGGACCUGGCCGGCCCUUGUACCAAAGAAGAAUCUCCUCUAGCUCAGUCCAACCUUGUUCUGAAGAAGGAAGCACUCCUCAAGAUAGCCUUGCUCGGUGUAAAGAGCUUCAGGACCACAAUAACCAAUCCUCUUUCAACUUAUUAUCCCCGGAGUCCUGGGUAAACACCACCUCAUCUACCCCCUAUCAGAACAUUCCGUGCAAUGGAUCCAGCCGGGCAGCCCAGCCCAGAGAAUUGAUAGCUCCUCCCAAGACCAUCAAACCCCCUGAGGAUCAACUGAAGUCUGAAAACCUCGAGGUGUCCAGUUCCUUCAACUAUAAUGUGCUGCAGCAUCUCGGCCAGUUCCCUCCCCUCAUGCCCAACAAGCAGAUUGCAGAGUCGGCUAACAGCAGCGGCCAGCAGACCUCGGGGGGCAGCAAGCCCGCCAUGUCCUACGCUAGCGCUCUGCGGGCGCCCCCCAAGCCCAGGCCCCCGCCUGAGCAGGCCAAGAAGAGUAGCGACCCUCUGUCUCUGUUCCAGGAACUCAGCCUGGGGAGCUCCGCAGGCAGCAACGGCUUUUACUCCUAUUUUAAAUAAUCACUUUGUUUUUGCCUCAAGGGAGAAUGUUUUAAUUUCUGUUUCUAUCAAUAGAAUUAAGAUAGUUGGACUUCAUCUAUAGAUGCACAGUUCCCUUUGUUUUAAUAUUAAAUAUGUUCUCACUUAAUUGCUUCGCUGCUAGACUUGCAACUAAUUUUUUAAAAGUAUAUUCCAUUAUUUUGCAUUUUUGACGAGUCAGAAUUUUGACAGCUUUUAUGUAGAAUAAAAAUAUUUUUAAAUUUGUGUAUUGUUACAUAUGUUUGCAUCGAGCUAGCAGCUAAGAGGUUAAUUGUGCAACUAUAAAAAAAAAGAGAAAAAAGUUUGUCUAAAAUGUAUUUAAAAAGAAAAAAAAAGUUGUAAGUAGCAUUUACAUUUAUUCAAUAAUAUUACCAUAUGCUGGGUUUCUGUACCAGAAAUGGCCAGUUAUGUACAAAAUGUAUGUUAUUUUUGCUUAAAUUCAUUUAAAAUUUUUUAAAAUAAAGGGCAGCAUCUUAUAAAUACUUUAAGUUUUAUCAGCUUUUUUUUGGUGACAAGAUGCUGCAUUCUAAAACUUUUAUAGUUUUAGACCACGUAUGGUGUGCUGAUGUCAUCUCCAUCCACUGCAGGAUAGAGUCAGAGGCAUUCUUUGCAGGUGUAUCUGUAUGCCACUGUUUUUUGUAACGUGAAAAAACAUGGGCAUACUUAGUUAUUUUUUUGAACAAGCUACACUUCAAGCUUGUUUUUAAUGUUAAUUUGAUAGUGUGUUUUUUUAAAACAGAUCAUGAAGCUGAAAAUUUUUAGGAUUGUUGGUGCUUAGUAGACUUGAUAACUAUUUUAAAAAUGCGUGGAUUUAGUAAAAUCUUUUUUUCCUCACUAUGCAUGUGUAAACGUUUGUAAUCUGGCUCCCCGUCGCCCCCUGCCCACUCCAGUGGUAUAAAAAAUUGUGCCGCUUUAAGGUUAUUCCCCCUCCCGUAAAAAUUUUGGUACCUUAUUUAAUGUUUACAUAACAAUGUGACAUUAUACAUGGCAAUUCAAAUACUUUACUAACUGUUUGGUUUGAGGAACAUCAUUAAAGAAGAAACAUGUGUUUGUCAAAGAUGCAUCAAAAUUCGUCAAAAUCUGAGGCAAAAAGCUACCCUUGUUUUUCAUGUCUUUUGAUUCUUCUAAAAUAACCCCACUGAACUUGUACAAAAAUAUAAAUUUUAAAUAGCAAUCUUAAAUAUUUUACAGUCUAAACGCUGUUUUGAAUGAACUUCUGUAAAAAUCCAAAGGGAAAACAUUUAUCCUCUUGAAACUUGUGGUUUCGUAACCCUUUUGGAGCGAUGCAUGUCCUUGUUGUUUUCCUGAUCUAGUACCACCACUUAUACUUGAGAAGUAGUUUGAAACUACAAUAUAACUUUUUAAAAACUAAGAGGAGGUUGGGAACAUUGCAAAUGAACCAGUGGUCCUGAUGAUCCAUCGGAGGCCUAGGCCAUCCUGUACUCGCAGUAGACUUUUAAAACAGGGUUGGGAAGUGGCAAGGGUAAAGAACACUUACAUCUCUGAUGGUGGGCAGCCACAGCCCCCUGUGAUCCCCCGACAGCUUAGGAGGAGAGAGUGCCUUUAUCCGAAGGUUCUCAAGCCGAAGGGCAGAUGCAGAGUGCCUCCCGCUGAGCUGUCUUUCUGCUCAUCUGUGGCUGUGGGGUCUGGCGGUCUCGGUGUGCAGACGUGCGAAUAGUUAGUAUAAAUCACAGCAAGUCACAGCACCACGUUUUCUCCGUGUGAUGUCAGGUCUCCAUGUGUAGCUAUGCCAGAUGUUACCCAGCAUCCUUCAGUCACCAGGAAAGAAGAAAAAAAUUUGCCAUCUAGCUAUGUAUUUCCAGCUCCGUGACAAAACUGAAGACAUAGCCCAAAUGAAAACUAGGUCUCCCUGACGUGAGGAUGCCUGUGAAAAUCAUUUUCUCGUCAAUGAUGGUCCCCCCUCCCCCAAAUCUACAGACUGUAACACACGCCAGAUAAAUGUUCAGAAGCAUCUGGAUAAUAUGAAGACAGAACUGUCAUGUCAGGUUGACCCCUUGUCAUGAAAUACUAGCCUCAUUUUCUGGUUUCCAUACUUGAACCUUUAAAAAUUAUCCGUUUUAAAAUUAUUUAUAUUUAUAUUUACUUAAAGAAGCCAUGUGCACGCCCCGCCACCUUAUAUAAAUAUAUUGAUGAUGGGAGCUUUGGAUAAGGGAGCUGUUAAGUUGUGACACUCCUCUUCUAAGUGGUUAUUUCUAAAACAAAACUGAAAAUAGUAGCCACUUACUAGUCCCUUGCUCUGCCGUGAGUGUCAGUCUCUUAUGCAGCCAUCGGGUCGGAUGCUGUUUCCGUCUGGUCCUCUUUGAGAGUCUGGCUUUGAUUGUGUUUCCACCCCCAGCAAGUUUACUUUCUCAGCAAUAGUUAAUACCAUCCUUCCAGUUGGUCAUUAAACCUGUUGUCUAUGCAUAAUCUCUUGAAUGGUUCUGAGCAAGUCUUAGUGCAGGAAUCAUUACAAGUUUCCAUGGAAACAAGGCUUGGCUUCUGAGGACCAGUCAUGCUGUUUUGGUGUUGUUUGGGUAAUAUUAGCAAGUACCCACAAAUAAGACUUUUAAACAAUUUAAAGACUAGCUUCAACCCUAGCGUUAAGAAAACUUUGUGUUAGCUUUUGAAUAGCACCCACUAUUACCAACUUCCUUUUCUUCUAGAACAGAUUUCUUCUAAGUGAGGUUCAUUGUUUACUUCUUUGUCUUGUUUCAUGAGGAAGCUUCCUCUUUCUUGCCAGAACUAUUUUUUUUAUUCGUUUCACUUUUUAAUUUCUUCAGCUACUAAAAUUUUUUUCCCCUUAAAUUCUUUUGGGUGAUAGAAUUUGUAAAAAAUUCAUGCUGAAAAUUUUUUCCUGGUCUGAAAAUUAAUUUUUUAUUAAGAUUUGAAGAGCCUCAUUCAGUGGAACAUGGAUAUUUUCUGGUGUGUUUUUAAAGGGGGUUUUGAUUGUCAUUUUGGCAUAUGCCUUGCCAACUUGUUAUAGCAGAACUUUGUUUUUGAUUCAUCGGUAGUUAAUUAUUGACCAUUUAAACUAACAUGACCUUAAUUUUUCUUUCCUUAGGCAGAUGUGCUUUCUAUCUAGGCCGUUUUGUAUGUAUGAAAUUACAAACUGCUUUGUGGGGUUUUUUCAUCAGAGAGUCUAGAAUAAGUUCAGGUUUGGUAUAAACAUCAAUUGGUCUUUUCAGUUCAAAGAGUUGGAGAAUAAGUAAAAUAAGCAGAAUUCCCACUGAAUAAGCAUUACCUAAUUAAACAUAGCAAUCUCCAAGACCAAUUUGUGAAAAUAGCUUCCUUGUUUAUGGAGGCAUUGAAAUUGCUGAGAAAGCUAACUGAAUUUUCUAACUUGGAGGUAAUAUGUAGUAUCUUGCUCUAGUGUAGUUGAUUUUACAUGUUUAAUAUUGUUCGUAUAUAUACAUCUCAAGAGCAAAGCUAUAAACAUAUAAGAAUGUAUCUCUAUGUACCUUGGCUAGAGAGAGCCAUCUUGCCUAAGAGCCAGGGUGAAAAACAGUUUCAAGAUAAAUUUUAGAUUUCAACUACUGUUAUUAAGAAAAUUAGAUUUACUGGAAAAGCCAUUUAAAAAGAGACACCUGUUAUACUUAUGGUAGAUAGCAUUUUUUUUCUAUUGGAGUUGUUUUUAAAAAGGGAAUUCCAGAAAGAGUCUAAACUUUAAAUAUAUUAAAAGAUACAAAUUGCUGCCUUAAAAUGUUAUUUAGGCUACCAUUUUUUUUUUCUCUUCUAGCUCCAGAAAGGUAGCAAUUUGCCUUUUAUGAUUCACCAGACAUUAUUCCUUGCUAACCAUCCCCUUAGCUUAUGAAAACCCUUCAAUUCUAACACCACCCUGUGUGUCUUCCUAAAUCUCAAGUAGAUGUUCUCAUGGUUCUGAUUUUUCUUUCCUCUUUUUGCCAUCUAAUCCACAAAUGACCUAGCAGAUAGAAAUAAUGGAUAAUGUCUUAACCAUGAUUUCUUGUCCAAAUGGUCACUUCAGUUAUGUCCAUCACGUGGUGUAAAGAUAUCAAGAGUAACUGGCAUGUUAGUCUUCAACGUGCUCAUUAUAUUGGGCUUCUUACAUUCUCCAUCUACUUGAGGUUGGAUAUCUAUUUGCUGAGAUUUUACUGUGAAGCUGCUACAUUCACACUUACUACUUUCAUGCCUGUUGAAUUAGCCAUUUCAAGACCAUUGUUACAAGAAAUGAAUGUUACUAACCUUGAACGUUCUUAUAAAACACAUGCAGAAAAUGUCAUUGUUAUUGCUUUAAACAAGAAUAUCAGAUUAAACAGAUUGACAAUAAAUUUUUAAUGUAACAUUUACAAUUUUUGAAAUGAUUGAAAAAUAUCUACUUUGGAAUAAACUUGAAGGAAA